GAGAGAGGUCCCCAGAUCCGUGUAACCUCUCUCUCGGUCCCCUGCACGUGACUCUCACUCACUCACCACCACCUCCUCAUCUCACAACACACAACAAAACCUCUCUCUCUUUCUCUCUUACACACUCACUCCCACAAACCCAAACAAAGCCCAUCGCUUCUUCCUUCAUAUUUUUCAUCACUUCAAAACCCAACACAACUCGUCAAAAUCAAAAUCAAAUCAUCAUCAUCAUCACGCUCUUUCUUCCUCUCCACUCCUAUAACCGUGUUCGACGGUGAUGCAGAGGGGUUCUUGAGAUUCAAAUGCGGCGGAGUAUUGGAUGAAACACCAUGUUCGCGUUCAAAUGCCAGGAUCUCCUCAAGGCUACGUGGUCUCCAGCUUGAAGAACUUGGAGCAGCUAAAGCAUGUCUUUCAAUGAUUUGUGGUUUUAGAACUACCAUUAGCUUUGAUACGCCUCUUAUGAGUUAAGAAGUGCAGAAAUGGUCUUACAUUCCAAAUUUAUAAGAUCAUGGAGGUGACACGAGUAGAUGCCGGGCCGGUAGCGCAAAGGCCAUCCAAUGUGUCAUGGUGGCCUUCAGAUUUCGUUGAAAAAUUUGGAUCUGUUUCUUUGGACUCUCAAGAUGAGACUUUAAAUAAUAAAGAAUCACCUAGACAUUGUAACCAAGAUUUCAUGACACCUCAGAAGGCAUCACAAAUUCUCUGGCGCACUGGAAUGCUUUCAGAACCAAUACCAAAUGGCUUUUAUUCAGUCGUUCCGGAGAAAAGGCUCAAGAAUUUUCUUGAUAGUAUUCCUACUUUGGACGAGCUUCAUGCUUUGGGUGCAGAGGGUUUUAGGGCUGAUAUCAUUGUUGUGGAUGCAGAGAAAGAUAGAAAGUUAUCCAUGUUGAAGCAAUUAAUUGUGGCAUUGGUUAAGGGAUUGAACUCCAAUCCAGCUGCGGUGAUUAAGAAGAUUGCUGGAUUAGUUUCUGAUUUUUAUAAGCGGCCAAAUGCAGAAAGUCCAGCAAAAGCUGCACUUGAGGAAUGCUCCCACGUGUUUGAGAAUCGUGGUGUCCAGAUGCUUGGGCAAAUAAAACAUGGUUCAUGCCGUCCUCGAGCUAUCUUAUUUAAAGUAUUAGCAGAUACUGUAGGUCUUGAAAGUAAACUUAUGAUGGGUUUUCCAAAUGAUGGGGCUGCUGAAUGUGUAGACUCAUACAAGCAUAUGUCUGUUGUAGUUGUGUUAAAUUCUGUGGAAUUCCUAGUGGAUCUUAUGCGCUUUCCUGGUCAACUAUUACCACAAUCAAUCAAGUCAAUUCUUAUGACACACAUUUCUGCAGCAGGUGAGAGUGAUUCAGCAGAAAAUGAUUCUUGUGAUUCACCAUUAGAACCAAACAGUCCUUUAUAUGGGGUUUCAGAGAGUGCAGAGAAGGAGGAUAACCUCCAAUUCCAUAGAAGAUUUGAAGCAUCUUCAAAUGUUUCAGGAAUUCCCUUGCGAAAUAUGAUGUUACGAUCAAAUUCUACUCUGGACAGGAAAUUGAGUUUCUCUCAUAGUGAACCCAACAUUACAACUGCAUUUGGUCGGCGUAGUCGGAGGAAGGUCAUUGCUGAACAGAGGACUGCUAGUUCAAGUCCAGAACAUCCAUCAUUUCGAGCGCGUGGACGGUCCAUGCUUAGUGGUGACAGGACUGCAUUUAGGGAUUUCGCCGAUGACCAGGCUACUUCAAGAUCCAGCUAUAAGUCAGAUGGUGCAUCCUCAUCAGAAGCUCGUAGAAUACGAAGAAGCAUCACCAUUACACCAGAAAUUGGUGAUGAUAUCGUAAGGGCUGUACGGGCUAUGAAUGAAAAGCUAAAGCAAAAUCGUCUUCUGAGAGAACAAGGGGAUGAUAGUCCAUUGUCCCACUCUCCAAAUGAUAGAACUAGCACUGCAGAUCUUCAGAAAAAUGUGUUAAAUUUUCAUCUUGAUGGUCAUCGUGAAAGAUCCCCCUUAUAUUCGCUUCAUCGUGACAAUGCAACUUCUCAGAAGGCAAUGUCAUUACCCUCUUCACCACAUGAUUAUAGAGGACAAACUUCAGAGAGAAGCGGGCCAUCCGAAUAUGGAAUGAAUGAUGAACUAGAGUCGACUUGGAAUAAAGUCCUUGAAUCACCAAUGUUUAAUAAUAGACCUCUGUUGCCAUAUGAAGAGUGGAAGAUCGACUUCUCAGAAUUGUCUGUUGGAACUCGUAUUGGGAUCGGGUUCUUCGGAGAAGUUUUCCGUGGCACAUGGAAUGGCACAGAUGUAGCCAUCAAGGUUUUCCUGGAGCAAGAUUUAACGGCUGAGAACAUGGAAGAUUUCUGCAAUGAGAUAUCUAUUCUCAGCCGACUCCGACAUCCUAAUGUCAUCUUAUUUCUUGGUGCAUGCACAAAGCCUCCAGGCUUGUCAAUGGUGACUGAAUACAUGGAGAUGGGAUCCUUGUUUUACUUGAUUCAUAUGAGCGGUCAGAAGAAGAAGCUUAGCUGGCGGAAAAGACUAAAGAUGUUACGGGACAUAAGCAGGGGCUUGAUGCACAUACAUCGUAUGAAGAUUAUUCACCGCGACGUGAAAAGUGCCAAUUGCCUUGUGGAUAGGCACUGGACAGUGAAAAUCUGUGAUUUUGGACUUUCCAGAAUUGUAACUGAUUCACCCAUGAGGGAUUCUUCUUCAGCUGGAACCCCAGAAUGGAUGGCUCCUGAACUGAUUCGAAAUGAGCCAUUCACUGAAAAAUGUGAUAUCUUUAGCCUGGGGGUGAUUAUGUGGGAGCUCUGCACCUUGAAAAGGCCAUGGUUAGGCGUGCCUCCGGAGAGGGUGGUUUAUUCCGUUGCUCACGAAGGUUCCAGAUUGGAGAUUCCUGAAGGCCCACUAGGCCGGCUGAUAUCAGAAUGUUGGGCAGAACCGCAUGAGAGGCCAAGUUGUGAGGAGAUCCUCUCUCGCUUGGUGGACAUCGAGUACUCCAUGGACUGAUGCUGCUGCGUUUGCCGUUUCUGAUGCUGCGUUUGCCGUUUCUGAUGCUGUGUUUGCUGUCUAUCUGUUGCUGUAUUUGCCGUUUAUCUUUUGUACAUAGUGAACUUUGGGUAGAGCUAGUACCUUGCGUUAUCGGCUAAUGUUGUAUAACCUGUAUGAAUUUUGGGCCUUUUCUAAAAACAUGUUGAAAUGGGCCUGUGUGCUUUUAUCGUUUUAUUUCUUACACCUUUGGUGCAAACAUUUUUCGUCUGUAUGCCGGGCAAUGAGAGAAAACAAAACUGAUUUCUACCCAGAUAGCACUUCUGUGCAAUGAAAAGAACAAAAUCUAUUUCUA